UGCCCCGGCAGUAGUUCUAGGCGGUUCUGUCAACAUUAGCUAGCCUGCAUAGAUAAACCUUACUCAAAAGCAUUGUAGCUGUAGUUAUUUACAAAUAUAUCUUCCCUAUAAUUGGCGUAGAUUAUUUCCAUCCUGUGACGUAGAUAUGGAACUAUUAAACCAGACAGACGUGAAGUUACAAACGACAAGUUAAGCUAACAUUAUUAGCUAGCUAAGGACCGUUAGCUAGCUCAGUAUGCUAUGCUAACUUAGCCUGCUAUCUAUUUUUGCAAAACAGCUGUGAUUUCUCUUAGCAAAGCAACAUUUGAACUGAUUGCUUGUUACAGCCAGAGAACCACGUUUUCUCGGCUAUUUUUUUGUUGUCGCUUCGGCUCACACAAUGUAUGAGGAUUUUGAUGAACCCCAGCCAAACCUACUGGUUCCUGACUGUGUCCAUGGUGACCAGAGAACCAGCGGCCCAGAGAUGGUACCUAGGAGCCUUGACUACUUCAGUGACUUUCUAAGAUUGAGAGGAGAGACAGGAGAGAGUUCCAGCCGUCACUCUGACAGUGAGGGGACAAGUUCUACCUCAGGAGAACCUGAACAACAGGAGGACAAUCACACAGCCAAGAACACACACAGCUGCAGAGAGUGUGGAGAGGAGUUCCCUACCCAGCAUUAUCUAAGAAAACAUCGUAACACAACACACACAGGAGAGAAGAAGACCAGUCCCAAACCCAGGAAGAGCUACAGCUGCCUGGACUGUGGGAAGGAGUUCCCAUGUCCAUCUAAACUACAACGACACCUUCUGACUCACACAGGAGAGAGGCCCUGCUUCUGUUCUGACUGUGGGAAGAGUUUCACUCGGGAGGAACAUCUGAAGACACACCAGCGGUUCCACUGUUCUAAUGGGGAGGGCAGUCCCUCUAUAUCGGGAGAUCCUGAACAGGCAAAGAACUGCUGCCUGGAGUGUGGAAGAGAGUUCUCUAGCGCUUACAAACUACGCAGACACCUGCUGACACACACGGGAGAAAAACCUCACUCUUGCUCCGUGUGUGGGAAGAGUUAUACUUAUCUACACACCUUGAAAUCACAUGAGCUGAAACACACCGGGGAGAAGUCUUACAAAUGUUCCGUGUGUGAGAAGAGCUUCAACCAAAAGGGAAAUUUGAACCAACACAUGCUAGUGCACACUGGUGAGAAACCUUUCUCCUGCUCUGUUUGUGGCAAGUGCUUCACCCAGAAAGCCAACCUGACUGCCCACCAGCUCUCCCACACAGGAGAGAAGCCUUUCUCCUGUUCCGUCUGUAGGAAGGGCUUCACUCAGAAAGCAUAUCUUAAACAACACCAGAAACUGCACACUGGAGAGAAGCCGUACGCCUGCUCCGAGUGUGACAAAAGGUUCACCUUCUGUACAUCCUUGAAAAGACACCAGCUGCAACACACAGGAGAGAAACCGGACUCGCUAAGUUGUAAAGAAAUACACCAGCAAUCGCACAGCAAAAAAGUAGAGGAGAGUCUCUCUGCAUCAGCAGCAGAACCUGAACAACACCAGGAGAAUCACAAAACUAAGACGUCGUCUCACUGCUGCUCAGAAUGUGGGAAACAUUUUAAAAAUUCAUCGUCUCUACAGAUCCACGUGAGAAUCCACACGGGAAAGAAGCCAUACCCCUGCCCCGACUGUGGGAAGAAUUUUGCGACAAAAAUAAGUUUGAAAUUGCACCAGAGGUCACACACAACAGAAGCAGAGAAACCCAUCCACUUUGAGGAGGAGAACACAUCACAGGGGCAGCAGAUGGUAUCUGAUAACCUACAGGACCUCUGUCAAACACUGGGGCUGAAGGCUAAAGUCGAAGAGGAGAAGGAAGAGGAGGAGGAAGAGGAGAAGGAAGAGGAGGAUGGAGAAGGGGCGACGGAUAAUGCAGAGGAAGUUGGAGGGCUGAUUAAUUCUGAUGGAGAAGAAGUUGACUGGGAUUCUGUUCAACAUAGUGAGAGUCCUGUCCGUGACUCUGGUAGUGAAGGAGGAAGUCCCCCUACAUCAAACAUCAACAAGGAUCCUGGGGGUCAAUCGAGGUCGACCGAGUCUCUGGGCCCUGACCAAAGACAUGAGGAGGACAUCACUCAAACACCUGGGAUGAACAUUCAUAUUGAAGAGGAGGAGGAAGAAGAAGAGGAGGAAGAGGAUGAAGAAGAAGAGGAGGAAGAAGAAGAAGAGUGGGAGGUGGAAGAGGAAGAAGAGGGUGAAGAUGAAGAAGAGGAGGAGGAAGGGGAGGAAGAGGAAGUUGGUGAUCUGUUGAAUUCUGUAGUAGAACAAGCUUCCUGGGAUACUCCUCAUCUUGGAAUGAGUCCUAAUUCCUGCCACGGUAGUGAGGGAACUACCUCAACACCAGGAGCGGUGGAACGACAACACCAGGAGAAAGAGAAGACACGGGCGACCAAACGGAAGAAGAGUCCAGAACAAAAGCAACCGAAGAAAAAAGAGAAACCGAAGAAGGAAAAGAAUCCGAAGCAGAAGAAAGCCAAGAUGACCCACCGCUGCUUUAAAUGUGGAGAGGGAUUCUCCCGCGUCUACGACAUGCUCUUACACCAGACCAUUCAUAUAGAUGGAACGACCAUGUUCAAAACCAAGAAGGUUCACCGCUGCUCAACGUGUGGAUACGAAGCAUCCGAUGCACAUAAACUGAUGAUGCACGAGCGGAUACACACGGGAGAGAAGCCUUUCCAGUGCUCUGUGUGCGGGAAGAGAUUCGCUCAGAAAGGAAACCUGAAAAUACACCAGAGUGUGCACAAAGGAGAAGUCAGGAAUCCCAGUUUCUGGCCUGACAUCGUGGAGAGGCUUCCUACAAUAGGUGUCCCAGACCAAUACCAUGACAACCACACAGCUAAGCCAAUAGGCGUUCUGGACCAAUACCAUGACAACCACACAGCUAAGCCAAUAGGUGUCCCGGACCAAUACCAUCACAACCACACAGCUAAGCCAAUAGGAGUUCUGGACCAAUACCAUGACAACCGCACAGCUAAACCAAUAGGAGUCCCUGACCAAUACCAUGACAACCACACAGCUAAGCCAAUAGGAGUCCUGGACCAAUACCAUGACAACCGCAAAGCUAAACCAAUAGGAGUCCCUGACCAAUACCAUGACAACCACACAGCUAAGCCAAUAGGAGAGGAAUGCCAAACUCCAUCAACUCUACAGAUACACAUGAGAACUCACACUGUAGAGAACCAGUCUAAUCCGCAGUGCCCUCUCUGCGGGGCAGAGUUCUCUCAGAAAGGCCUUCUGGAUGAUCACCUGAUGAUCGCCCACUCCCAUGAGAAACCAGAGAAACCUUACCCCUGUCCAGACUGUGGGAAGAGAUUCUCCAGCAAGAGUUACAUCAAGAUCCACCGGAAGAUCCACAGUGGGAAGAUCUCUUACCACUGCGCCCAGUGUGAUAAGACCUUCCUGUCAGCGGAGGGGCUCAAGAAGCACGAGAGCGCUCACCGAGGAGAGAGACCGUACCGAUGCCCUGCGUGUGGCAAGUGUUUCAAACAACAAUCCCAGUUGACCUGUCACUUCAAGAUCCACACCGGAGAGAGGAGCCAUCUCUGCUUCCUGUGUGGGAAGAGUUUUGCCAGAGAGUUCGACCUCCGGGUGCAUCUCAGAGUCCACUCUGGAGAGAAGCCCUACCAGUGCCACGAGUGUGGCAAGAGCUACAGGUACAGAGCAGGCAUCCGGUCACACAUGCAGCAGUUGCACCCUGGGAAGCCUAUAGUGGAACCAACCCCACCCAUCCCCACAGGUCCUCGCUACGGCAGUGGAGGAAGUGGUCUUCCUACAUCCCUCAUCAGAAAGGAUCCUGGUGACCAAUCCAGACCCAAAGCUAUAGAGGCCCAGGGUCCUGAUCCAAGCCAUGGCAGCAAGGCGUUCAGUCAAACACCUCGGUUGAAGGCCAGAGCUGAAGAAGAAGAGGAGGAAGAGGAGGAGGAGGAAGAAGAAGAGGUGAACGUUGAUGGUUCGGGUAAUUCUGAAGAAGACGACGCCAGUUGGAAACCUGCUCUUCGUCUUGCCAAGACCGGUGGCGGUGGUCCCUCUGCAUCAGGACCACAGAGAAAACACCAGAAGAAACAACCGGUCAAACGGAAGACCAGCAUCAAAGAAGGCAAACAGAAGCGACCGAAAGCCAAGAGGUUUAACAACCGUCGCUGCUUUAAAUGUGGAGAGGGAUUCCCCCGGGAAUAUGAGCUGUUGCUACACCUGCAGACACAUCUAGAUUACAACUGCUACGUGUGUGGAACGCCGUUCGACAACCAGGAGCUGCUGCAGAGACAUCAGGAGGAGCACGCGGAGGAGAGUCUGGGUGUGUUCUCUGGUGAGACAGCAGGUCCAACUACAGGACAGAGGCGAGGGAGAGGGAAGAGGACUCACCGAUGUCCGACCUGUGGCAAAGAACUAUCCGACGCGUCCAAGCUGAAGUUGCACGUGAGAAUCCACACCGGGGAGAAACCGUACUGUUGCUCCCUGUGCGGAAAGGGUUUCACUCAGCCAGGAAACCUGAAAACACACAUGAAAACACACAGAGACGGGAACCCCAGUUUGUUGUCCGCUGGUGGGUUAGGUCCCUCUACAUCAAGAGGUCCUGAACACCACCAGGGGAAUCACACCGUCGCCGCAUCAGCAGCUCAGGAGAACUUCAACUGUCCAGAUCUACCGCCAGCGCAGAAACACAUGACGUCUCAGGACAGCGGAGAGAAGGCCUCUUUCUUCUGCUCGCUGUGUGGGGAGCAGUUCUCUGAGAAGGCACAGUUGGAAGAACACCGGUUGGCUCACAACAACAAGAAGCCUUUCCCCUGCCCUGACUGUGGCAAGAGGUUCCGCAGUAAUUACUACGUUAAGAUCCACAUGCGAAUGCACACUGGGGAGAGGCCUUACCAAUGCACUGAGUGUGGGAAGGGCUUCAUCACAGAAGAAGGGCUGAAGAAGCACGAGAGCGCUCACCGGGGAGAGAGACCUCACCUUUGCCCCGAGUGCGGAAAGAGAUUCAAGCAACAGUCCCAACUUACAUGUCACUUCCGUAUGCACACCGGACAGAAGAGCCACCUCUGCUCUGUCUGUGGGAAGAGUUACUUCAGAGAAUUUGACCUCAAGGUUCACCUCAGAGUCCACACGGGAGAGAAGCCCCAUCAGUGUGAGGAGUGCGGGAAGAGUUUCUACUAUCUACAGGGGCUCCGGCAGCACCAGAGGACCCACGCUCCCAAGCCCAUCGGACCGACCCGCCAGCUAGGCAGGCCUAAGCAGUCGUCCAGCGCGGACAUACCGAACCAAUCACCCAGGACGGGAAGGCCCAGGCCAGCUCCUAGAGUAGAGAGACCCAUGCCUCUACCCAGAGUGGAGAGACCCAUGCCUCUAGUCCUACCUAGAGUUGAGAGUGAUCUGGAGAGACCCAUGCCUCUAGGCCUACCUAGAGUUGAGAGUGAUCUGGAGAGACCCAUACCUCUAGGCCUACCUAGAGUUGAGAGUGAUCUGGAGAGACCCAUACCUCUAGGCCUACCUAGAGUUGAGAGUGAUCUGGAGAGACCCAUACCUCUAGGCCUACCUAGAGUUGAGAGUGAUCUGGAGAGACCCAUACCUCUAGGCCUACCUAGAGUUGAGAGCGAUCUGGAGAGACCUCACUGGCAGUACUGGCACCUUUAAAUGGGAAAUCUUCCAUUUUCAACGGCGAUACAAUUAUUGGAGGACCAAAACAAGCCGAUACCGAUUAAUCGGACGAUUUUUAUAUAUAUAUAUGAGUGUGGUAAUAUUUGUAAUAAUGACAAUUACAACGAUGCUGAAUGAACACUUAUUUUAACUUAAUAUAAUACAUCAAUAAAAUCUAUUUAGUCUCAAAUAAAUAGUGAAACAUGUUCAAUUUGGUUUAAAUAACGCAAAAACACAGUGUUGGAGAAGAAAGUAAAAGUGCAAUAUGUGCCAUGUAAGAAAGCUAACGUUUAAGUUUCUUGCUCAGAACAUGAGAACAUAUGAAAGCUGGUGGUUCAACAUUCCCAGUUCUUCAAUAUUCCCAGUUAUAGGAAUUAUGACGUGUUGACUAUUUCCCUCUAUACCAUUUGUAUUUCAUAUACCUUUGACUAUUGGAUGUUCUAAUAGGCACUUGAGUAUUGCCAGCCUAAUCUCAGGAGUUGAUUGGCUUGAAGUCAUAAACAGCUCUGUGGUUCAAGCAUUGCUAAGAGCUGCUGGUAAAAAGCAGUAAAGCUUGAAUGAAUGCCUACGAGCCUGCUGCCUCCUACCACCUCUCAGUCAGACUGCUCUAUCAAAUAUCAGAUCAUAGACUUCAUUAUAAUAUAAUAAACACAGAAAUACGAGCCUUUGGUCAUUAACAAAUCCAGAAACUAUCAGGUAGAAAACAACAUGUUUAUUCUUUCAGUGAAAUACGAAACCGUUUCGUAUUUUAUCAAACGGGUGGCAACCCUAAGUCUAAAUAUUGCUGUUACAUUACACAACCUUCAAUGUUCUGUCAUAAUUAUGUAAAAUUCUGACAAAUUAGUUGGCAACGAGCCAGGCGGCCCACUCGGUUGCAUAUACCCUGACUCUGCGUGCAAUGAACGCAAGAGAAGUGACACCAUAUCCCUAGUUAAUAUUGCCUGCUAACAUUAAUUUAUUUUAACUAAAUAUGAAGGUUUAAAAAUAUAUACUUCUGUGUAUUGAUUUUAUUAAAGGCAUUGAUGUUUAUGGUUGGGUA